AUGCGCUAUCAGUGGAACGAUUGGAGACCUCAUUUUGGUUACAAUCCUGCCCAUUGGGCCAUCAAUCAUCGUCACAGAAAACCAUACACAACUAAUCAAAACGACGCCUUGAACAUUUAUCUGGUGAGUCUUCUGCACAAGAAGAAGCUCUUCUGCAGCGGACUUGUGAUCAACAAUCAGACAGUGCUCACAGUCAAGUCCUGUCUGCUCAAUAUGCCAUUGGCCGACAUCGUUGUGCAACUGAGCGAUGGCUCAAUACACAAGGCGGUUAGUAGCACGGAUUCCAAGGACUACACGAUGGAGAGCGGCGCGUACCUGCUGUCGUUCUUGCAUUUGGAAAAGGCGCUGGAUGAAACCUAUGAGAAAUCGCCACCCUUUUGCUUAAAAGCUGUGGGAUCCAAGGACGAAGUGGAGCAAUGGAGCUGGGAUAAAAACAAACUCUUGCCGAUUAAGAAGCUGGUGACUCAGGUGCCAACUAGUCAAUGUAACAAAGUCAUUAGCGAUAUCAAUGGGACGCUGCCGACCUCCGCCAUGAGCUGUGUGGAGAAUAGGCAAAUAACAAAUAAAUGCAUGAAGACCUAUGGACUACCCUACUUGUGGAAGGGCGCCUUCUGUGGCAUGAACAUUUUCGGUCACAAUUGCUCCAGUGCAAAGAACACCGAUGUCUAUGUGCGGCUGCUGAGAGAGAAAAGGCUUAUAAGCAGAACUCUCAAGCUAGCUGUCGCUGCCCACCUGGACGACAUCAUUAUCUAA